CGCGGAAACAUAAGCCAAGCGAGGAUAGGAACAGUGUUAGGAAGCUGAAAUUCUCUCGUAUGAGUUGACUUAUAUUUGUCGAUAAGAAGGACUAAGGGAAGAAUGCAUGUCACGAUAGUUGAUGGACAUGUCAACGCAUAAAACUACAUCCUCCAGUGGGUCUCAGUCGCCUGCGCAGCGACAAGAACAGGGAGAUGUGGCCUCGCGCCCUCGUCCCGUGAAUCCCAAUCGACGUCGAGAAAAACCUCAACUUUCAUGUAAUUUUUGUCGGCGUCGCAAGUUACGAUGCGAUCGCCAACAGCCAGCAUGUUCAAGUUGCAUCUUGCGGGCCCAACCAUGUACCUAUGUGGACAAUCAGGGCGUCGCCAUGUCGCCCAAUCUAUCCGGCUCAACGACGGCUGUCCCUAGCCUUCACAAUCGUAUUGUGUACCUGGAAGGCCUGGUAAAGUCUCUGAUGCCCAAACGGCAAACCGCGGGGAUCCCGACUAGCAACGGACCACCUUCCGACACGGAUCAUCAUGAUAUACCUACUAAUUCAUCACCCGCUGACGUAUCUAUGGAAGGUCAAUCCGACUACGGAAGUAUGCAUCUAAAUGCCUCGGAGGUUCGCUACGUCGGAGGCGAUCAUUGGGCCGCAAUUUUGGAGAGUAUUGCUGAUUUGAAGGACCAUUUCGACCAAGAGGAGAAUCUCAGGCUUGUUGACACUCCGGAUCACUCUCACGAUGAUAUUACGAGUAAUCCUAUGGAAAGGCCUCAAUCACCGCACGCCCACUUACUCUAUGGGUGUGGACGUGUGGCUUCGCGGGCCGAGAUUCUCGCUGCAUUGCCUCCUAAGGACGCGGUGGAUCGCUAUAUUUCGCGGUUUUUUAACCGCCUGGAUUUGGUUGCUAGUUCCGCCGUCCAUGGCCCUACAUUUGUUCGCGAGUAUGAGACUUUUUGGGCCAAUCCUGCCGAUGCGCCCUCGAUUAUGUGGAUUGGUCUUCUUUUCAGCAUGAUAUGUCUCGCACUUCUGUCAUCAGAUAGUGCCGAAGCAUCUCACGGCGGAGAAGCCGAACAACUGCAAAUCAAGUUAUACCGCGAAAAGAUUGUGCAAUGUCUAAUUCUAGGCGAGUACACGAAGUUGACGCCGUAUAGCUUAGAGACGAUGACGAAUUAUGUUUACAUUGAGUUCGUCAUGAUCACCGACGCCAACAAAGAUAUCUGGUUUCUUCUAGGUUUGGAGGUCAAUCUAGCAUUACGUAUGGGCUAUCAUCGGGAUCCUAGACAUUUCCCAGGAAUAUCUCCACUUCAAGCUGAAAUGCGAAGAAGACUAUGGGCUACCGUUAUGUUAGGCGAUGUUCUGAUCUCAGGCCAAAUGGGAAUGCCGUGUAUGAUUUCGUCGGCGCAAUAUGAUACCGCCGAACCACGUAAUCUCAACGACGACGACCUCGACGAAAACACGACCGAACUACCCCCUUCACGUCCAGAGACAGAGCAUACAACGACUCUUGGCCUUAUAGCGAGAAGAAGGGUAUUAGUAGCCCUCGGAUAUGUUUCUGAACUCGCGGCGUCCGUUGAGACACCUAGCUACGCCGAAGUGAUGCGAGUUGACGGAGUUCUCCGACAGGCUGUAGCUAGUAUUCCUCCGCCCCUGAAGAUGAAGUCAAUAGCAAUUACGGUUACCGACACACCGCAUAUGAUUAUGGCUCGCCUCUUUCUUACCCACCUUCACCUUAAAGGAGAGAUCAUGCUCCACCGACCUUUCCUAUACGCAGAAUCGACCUCGACGGACGAGGACACCUUCGCAUAUUCCCGCAAGGUAUGCCUCGAUGCAUCACUCCGCUCAUUAGAAAUUCAGGAGGUUCUCGAUAGGGAAAUGUGCGCCGGAGGUCUACUCCAUGUACUGCGUUUCCGCGUCGGCUCCCUUAUGAACCACCAUUUUCUGACAGCAACGAUGAUCCUAUGUUCCUUGAUAUACCAUAGGCGGACAAUGGGUCGACAGGAAGAAAUUCUAGCAGCUCUACGGUCGACGAGGAUGAUCUGGAUGCGUCGAAGCGCUAAGUCUAAGGAAGCGAAAAAAGCUGCAGAAACUCUAAGUAUCAUAUUAGCGAAGACGACUGGUGGCGACGAGCACGAUAUGGGCUCUAAAGGAGAUGGUGUUGGUAUUAGGAAGAAUGUAGGAAACGCAUCCGUAAAUUCGUCCACUACCUUUAACGACGCCGGAAUGGGCCUCAGUAAUCAGGGAAUGUUCAGCGACCUGGGAUUUUAUUCACCCAAUUCAUCGGAAUUUCCGAAUUUCGCUGGGUCCCUUGCUUUCCCAGGGCAUCUAGGCUCGAUUUUCGACUUGAAUUUUGGUAAUACUGGUGCGAAUGGAGAAUCGGAGGAUUGGAUGACAAUGGAUGAUACCAACAAUUGGUAGUGAAUAUUUGUGGUAGGUUUCGGAUCUAUCCGACAGCCACCAUCUGCCAGGCGGAUGUUGUUCCGAUGAGCUGAACCCACGGUGAAUGUGCGUCGGAUCUAGAGCCGAAAGUGACUCACCCGGCCGAGUAUAUGCCUUAGGCUAGAUACUGUCGUGAUAUUGCGCAAACAUCUAAAUAUAGGUGGUGCCGUUGGUUCAGGAAUAGAAUAAAAUUAAUCGAGAAUGCACUGAAGUA